CCUGUUUGCGCCGCUAUAAAACCUCCAGAAAACCCGCACCACGUCGUACCCGCAUACCACCGAACCAAGAACCAGGCCUCCCGACCCCACCGUGAGCAUGCGCUUCGCGUGAACGGCGCCGCUGCUCCGCUACCACUUCGGCCCUUCUUCUUCUUCUUCCUUCUCCGACAACGCCGCCUCCUCGUGUUGUUCUUCUUCGUCUCGGAUUCUAUCUACAAGGAGCUAGCUAGCUAGCGCGAUUCACUGAUCUCUAGCUGGGGAGGGGUACAACCGUACAAGCAUGGAGCCCGGAGCUUUAGCGACGUGCGGGGCGGUGGCCUUCUCCUGGGAGCAGGAGCCGGGGGUGUCCAAGGAGAGCCCGGCGGCCGAGGCAAGGAAGCACUCCGGCGGAAGGAGUACUACGCCGGACAGCACCAAGAAGGUGGAGGCACGGACGCACCAGCUGCGCGUGCCGCCUCCUCCGGGAGGUCCUGGAGCGCCGUCUCUGUCGCCGCCGGUGAAGACGGUGAGGAGCAGGUCCAGCAGACGGGGCGUCCGGCCGGAGGAGGACCCGUUCCUCGCGGCCUACGUCGCCUGCACGGCCAGCGGCAGGAAGACCGGCCGGGGGCACACCGAGGCCCAGAAGAUGCUCGGGUGGGCCGGGCUUAGGUUUGCCCUUGGGCUUGGCCUCUCUUGCAAGACCUCUUGUGGUGUUGCCGAGGAGAGCGUCGUCAGCCUGACUAAAAAACGCUGAAAUGGAUGAUCAUCAGAUUUCCCUCAAAAAAAAAAAAGGAUGCUCAUCACAUUGGUAUUUUUGUACUAUACAAAUUUUUUUUUUGCCAUUUGGUACUACUGCUGAUGUCAUGUGGUGCAGAUCAUGUUCGUUAGUGGAUGAGAAUUACAGUAGCAACCAAAUCAGAAUCCUAGAGUUUGGAGUUUUAAAUUCAUUCACUCACAUGUUUUUUUAGUGGUAUUAGGAACUUAACUUUUAGCUAAAAAGGCGAGGACCCAUGAACAUGUGACCAACUUCUGAACUUUGGUGACAAAACUUGUCUACGAAUGCCACAGAUUACACCAAGAUACA